AUGGUCUCCAACAAGGUUCCGACUAACGAAGGAAACAAACGCAUAGGCAAUCAAAUGGCAAAUCGGCAGCGAUUCAAACAGGGCAUGAACAAGCCGUAUAAUCCAAUGAACAACAUGCGAAGCAUGAGCGUAAUGUUCAACGCUAAUCAACUAGGCGACGAUCCCGGCUUCGUGGAUUUCAAUGAUGAUUCACUUACAUCCACCGCAAACGGUACGGGUAAUAAUAUCGGUGGACCAAAGCCAUCAGUCUCGAGUGUGUUGGAUGGUGGAAACAAAAACGGCAAUCGACGAAUGAAUCCUCCGCCGAAACGUCCGAUGAAGAAUGGAGCACCAGGCAUGAGGAAUCGCAUGAACGGUGGAGCGAACGGAAUGCUUAGCUGGGGUCACCAAAUGCCUCCGCCAAAUAUGUUUCCUGGCCCACCGGCAGCCAAUCGACGAGGACAUAUGAAUCCGCCACCGAUACCACCACCAAUUCCGCCAGCCCAUUUUCGCAACGGUCCGGGUAUGCGCAUGAGAGGACCACAGGGUGGAAGAUACGGCACCGGUCAUCCUGGGCCAAUGUCGCUAUUGUCGAUGAACAGACCACUACCUCCUCCGAUACCACCGAUGGCCGGUCGGUCGAUGCCCCCACCACCACCCGGCAUGGGACGAAUGAUGCCACCGCCUCUGCGCCACGGUUUAGACGGACCGAUGCGUCGCAAUAUGAAUGGAAAUAUGCAUGCACGUGGUGUGGGUGGUAAGAUGUUGCCAUUCCCACGCAACGGUAUGGCACCGAAUGGUGGUGCGAUAGGUUCGAAUGGAAAGCGAACCAGGGCAAGACCGCCACAGCAUCAGAGCAGGGAAGAAUACCCACUGGACAAACCGUGGGUCACGCAAGAUAUUAAGGCGGAGCAUGAUAGGAAAGCCGAGCUCGCGAAUCGUCUAAAAGGACACCGGGAUGAUGUGCUGUUUGCACAGUUCAAGGAACAGCGGGAUAAGUUCGUUAAAAUGUACGAAGCAGCCCGCCUGGAAUACAUUGGAAAGCACCCCGAACAGGAUGUAGAUAAAAUAUUAACAGCGCCGGCUUGUAAAAAAGCCCGUAUCGAAAAUGUAGAAAAAUCAAACGCUGCCACAGAGAAUACCGCUAAAACCGAAGCAACAGUUAGCAGCAGUGCUCCGGUUGCUAUUGCCACAACUGUGCUUUCCACUGAUUCUACUGAACCGACGAAAUGUGACACAAACGGUAGUACCAAUGCAGUUGCAGAUGUCAGUUGCACUGUUACGAACACUACAAAUUCUACAUCCUCUACUACUACUGCUACUAUCGAUACCAAUGAUACCACUGAAAUCACAUCUGCCACUGCUAACGAGGAACAAUUAACAGCAGACACUGAGUCAAGUUCUGUGGCCGCUACAAUUGAACGUACUGUACCCGUUUAG